CGCCGCGCGCCCCUUCCCGGCGGGGCUGGUCCCCUACCUCCCCGAGAGGCCCUUCACUUCCAGCCUCCGGCCGCAGGCGCCCAUGCUGGGAAAGGAGGAGACGCAGCAACAGCAUAAAAUAGAAGAUGCUGAUAUAAUGUUUAUAAAUGAAAAGAAAGAAGAAAUCAAAUAUGAGAAGAUACCUGUAAAAACUAUACAACAUUCAAAACCAUGUAUUGGGAGAGGACGUGUCUGUUAUGCUAAAUUCAUUAACACAAAUGCAAGAACACUGAAUGAACCAGUUCCCUACAUAGAUCCCAAAAAUGGGCAAGAAAAUCAGGGUGACUGGUGGUCACAUGGUAAAGAUAUGAAACUUCCUUUCCAGCCACCGUAUGACACCAAGAGUACUCAGAGGAGUGACUUCCAAAAACCAACAUGUCCAUUGGUUUUGCCAGUCAAACACAGCAAAUUGCAAAAACCCUCUUGUGGAAUAGUUCCACUUGCUUCUCCUGAUGCAUCGGCAGAACGUCAAAAGAAUUUUGUAGAACGCAUUUCUUUUAUACAUCACUACGAUGCCAGGAAAACACCCAAUGAGUCCAUAAAGGGAAAGCGACAAGGAAUCAUUAUACAGACAGAGAUAAAACCAGGGAGUAGACCAGCAGUUCCUAAGGGACCAGAGGUAUUACUGAAUGCUCCAGAGUCACAUUCAUCAGAAAAGUCCAAAAAAACAGAGAAAGGAAACUCAGCGGAAAGCAAAAUAAUCUCACCCGAACUCUGCCAACAAAAUUCCCAAGAACUGAUAGAGGCUAAAACUCACUUAUCAGAAACAGACGUCAAAGAGGCCACUAAAGCAAGCCCCAGGAAUCCUGAGACAAGGGAGAAAAUAGCAGAUGUCUUUCAGACCACCACAAAGGAUGCUCUCCUCACCAGGCAACGUGCUUUAAAUCUAUCAGUAAAAAGUCAGGAUAAAUCAGGGUAAAUUAACUUUUUUAUAAACAUGAUCCCUAGAAUGUAGAAAAAAUUCAGAGUUAUCAUAUAAACUCUCACACUUGCUUUUUCUGUUAUCAUGAAC